AUGGACGAUCAGAAGCUCCUUCCCCCUCUCGCGCGCGGCGACUCGAAGCGCGCAAACUUGGACAAGCUUUCGAUCCUCGAUCUUCCGGGCGAGACUCGAAACCAGAGUUUUGGCUACUUGCUCAACUUUCACGCCCCACUGGAUAUAUAUCACCAGAGAUAUCAUUUGGAUCAAAAUGGUCUGCUGCAAAUGCGUCUCGGCUGCGGCGUACGGAUUCCCGUGGCCCUCUUUGCAUCGUGUCGAACUCUGUAUCGUGAAGCAGUUUCCGCCUUUUACUCUGGCAAUACCUUCGCCAUAGGACUCGACGGCGGCGGCAUUCUCUACCCUAUACCAUUCAGCCGUGGUUAUAACUUUCCCAUGGGAUCCAACAGCUACUACUCUCCGAGUACCGCAGCCCCACAUCGCGUUCCCAUCGAAUUGCCUGGCGCUUUCUUCGCACAUCUUGGUACGCAAGCGUGCUGGCUUAAGAAGAUUGUGCUUGACCUCAUGGAUCUUCCGAACGCAAGCUUUUACAAAGGUAGUUCGCUCAGGUCGCUUCCCGAGAAUAUUGCUCAUGACGAUGGGCUCACAUUAUUUAAAAUCACGCCUGUCCUACGCGCUAUUUGGAGUAUAGGACGGGAUAUCGACUUCUCCUUUACCCACAGCAAGUGUUUGCCAAUCCUAGGCCCCUCGGGUUUGGCAUGCAACGCCCCAGCCAUGAGCGCUAUGGUUCGCUCUAUUCUAGGAGGUCAGCUACGACUACAAACAUACGGCCGGCUGCUGUGUGUGGUAGCCCUGGACCGAAACGGCGCUGGAGGUAUAGUCGGUUGGGGCACCACUAACCCCAUAUCGUCAGACGCGUCUCCCACACGUAGACAAAUCCGCGCCGACAUGUAUUUCGUUUCUAGUUUUAUCGCCAAGGAUGGUGGCCAUCGAUUGGAAAUGGGCAAGCGAGAGAAGCCGCUGAAUCUGCUAGACUUCCCCCGCCCCCUUCUCGAUCGUAUCCUCAAUAUGGUCGUGCACCCUAGUGAAGGCUAUCGAGUCAACCUGGGCAAAGAUAACAAGAUCAACUGUGGUCUCAUUCACGUCAAUCGGAAACUUCAUAAACGGUGGCGCGAUGAAGUACUCUUCCGGGACAACCGCUUCGAGUUAGUCUUGACGACAGACUGCGCGCGUACCGACUUCGAUCAGUUUAAGCAUUUGCGAAGAUCUCUCAGGAAGACGUAUGAUACUCGUACCUUCUAUGUCGAAACGCGGACUCUUGUUACCGGCGGAUAUCUCAAAAACAAAUUGCGGUAUACUCUCAAGUUCGAAGCAGACAAUCCCAUCUCACUAAGCGAAGUCCGCAUCAGCAUCCUCCCCUUGGUUAUGGAGACGUCUACUACUCGUGGAGACGACACAGUCACGAUCGAGGUCUGGGCUAGGAACAGCGAGGGAAUAUCCAGCCUAGCCACUUCACAUACCUUGACACUCCACGAGCUGCGCGUAAACAUCGCUGCCGUCAUGAUGAAAAACUUCUACCUGACAGGAAACAAACUCGUACCAGACUUCUGGAUCAACGGAUUCGGAGAAGUCGUCCAAGUCGAGGACGCCGAUGAGAAGAUGCCUAUCUCGGGCGGGGCUUGGGAGCCAGCUUCGGAGUUCACUGACAUCGACGGCCACGGGUUCAAAGUACUAAGGCUACAUCCUAUCGACAUUCAUUACCGAGGUAAUGAGAUACCAGCGAGGCCUGUUGCUCAUUUUGUAGAAUCUCAAUUCUUUCCGUUCCGGAGAGAGGUGAAUGAGAUUCUGCCGUACCUUAUCAAGAGUAUUGAAACGACAGGUGGGCCGUACAGGAACAUGUUCAGUCGAUUGAUGAUGACGCAACCAUUGCAUUACAAGGAGCUCAAGGAGCUCAAUACGGACUACGCAAGUGACGAUAUGGACGCUGUAGAGUAA